UUUUAAUUAAAAUAGUGAAUGCAUUAAACUCCACAGGAGUUGAUAUUUCAGACUGGACUUGAAGGCACCACGGGUGACGUUUCUGAUGAAAUCGAAACUUACGCCUCUGCUGUGGAAGCAGCGCUAACAUGAAACCAGAAGAGUGUUACCUGGCUAGAACUGUGUUUUCUCUUAUUUUAUUGCACUUCAGAAGCUAAUCUUAUUCAAAAAUGGAUUCUGUAAACUACAUAGCUAGACUGAACGAAUACGCACAAAAAGAGCGACUGGAGCUGAAGUAUGAGGAAGUUGGAUGUGUUGGACCUGACCACAUCAGAACGUUUACUUUAAAAGCUGUUGUGAAUGGAAAGCCAUACCCUGAAGGUGUGGGGAAGAACAAGAAAGAAGCCAAACAGAGUGCUGCUAAAAAUGCCCUGAUGCAUUUAUUAAAUGAAACUUCAGUUUCUACAGGAAGCGUUGCAGAAGUUUCUUCUCCUCAGGUUCAGGUGAAAACUAAUUACAUGUGUUGGCUGAAUGAAUAUGGACAAAGUAAUAGGCUCAUGAUAAGAGCCGUGGAGAAAAUCACACCUGGACCCAAUAAUUUAUCUCAAUAUUGUAGGUUUGUGGUGGGAGACAAGGAGUUUCCAGCUGCUUUUGGGAAAACCAAGAAGGAAGCCAGGGAGGAAGCUGCCAGGCUGGUGCAUCAUGAGAUAUUAGGCAAUGAAACCUUAGAUACUGGAGAUGAUCAGGACAGCGGCACAUCAAGUCUGCCUAGUGAGGAAGUUGUCUCAGAUAUCAGUAAUCGUGCCAAGCGGUUGAGCCUGCAGUCUGAAGACAGCAUCCUUACAGAAACAAACUUCAUUGGACUGAUCAAUUCUCACUGUCAGAAAACAAGGAGCACCUGUGCGUUUGUAGAAGAUAAAAGAAGUGGCCCCCCUCACAACCCAAUAUUUUCCUACAAGUUAUUGAUUAACAACGUGCAGUACUCUGUUGGUGAGGGCAAGAGCGUCAAGGAUGCCAAACAGAAUGCAGCUCAACUGGCCUUGUCUGCACUGAAGGAGCGGUCAGACUGGGACAGCAAGGUAGCUGAGUCUGAUGACUGCACACAAGCCAAGCAGUCCCCUCCAACAAGCACACCGGACUCUAGUCGCACAAAAUCAGGCCUGGCGACAUCGGCCACAAGCGAAUCAAUUGUUUUCAUGGAUCCAUCAAACCCACCCAAAGAUCAGGUGAUAAGUCCAGUUGUGAAGCCUAAAAUAAAAAUUGCUGCAAUUUUCCCAAAUGUCAAAGAGAACAGUAAAGAGGACAUGAUAAAUUUCAAAACCAAUCAGGGAGGAAAUCUUCAGAGUGUAAAAUCACCAACUCAGACAGUUUCAAGUUUCAGCAGAUUUGCAACAGACUACGAAUCUAUAAAACAACUCGAUAAAGGAGCUUUUGGUCGUGUUUUUAAGGCGAAACGUAAACUGGAGGGAAAAUAUUACGCUGUAAAGAUUGUGCGCUACAAAGAAAAAACUCUGGAGGAGGUGAAGGUGUUGUCGGAGCUGAAUCACUGUAACAUCGUUCGGUACCACUCCUGCUGGCUGGAGGACACGGCCUACCAGUGGGAUGCUUCCACUGACAGCAGCAGCGCUUCACAGUCUUCCACUGACCUGUCUAUAAAGUAUCUCUACAUUCAGAUGGAGUUGUGUGAGAUUAAAACACUGCGGGUUUGGAUAGACGAGAAAAACAUCCAGAACCCUAAAAAAUCCCUCAGAGACUCCAGGAGAAGAGAAGAGAGUGUGGAUAUUACAGUGCAAAUGGUCAGUGGAGUCGAUCACAUUCACUCCAACAUGCUCAUCCACAGAGACCUGAAGCCCGCUAACAUCAUGUUCAGCCGGAACGGCACAGUGAAGAUCGGAGACUUUGGUCUCGUCACGUCUGAGAUUGAAGAUGAUGAAGAGAACCAGAAAGAGAGAAGAGGGUAUAAGGGAACUCCAACUUACAUGGCGCCUGAGCAGAAGGAACGGAGGCUUUAUGACCGGAAGGUGGACAUAUUUGCUUUGGGACUUAUAUUUUUUGAAGUCCUUUGGAACAUACCCACUAUGCAUGAGAAAGAAAAGAUGUGGACGGAUGUCAGAAACCAAAAGUUUCCUCCACAAUUUCUGUAUCAUUUUUCUCAAGAGAGCCAAAUGAUAAAAUCGAUGCUGUGUGAAAAACCAGAAGAACGACCGGAAGCAAGUAAAAUAAAAACAGAUUUAGAGGAGCACAAACGUUUGCUUGCAGAGCUUAAAACAAUGCAGCUUGACAGCAAGACAGUAAUCUGAUUACUUCAGAGACACAUUUGGAACCCUGAUAAGGAUCAAUUAUUCAUUUAGUGACCAGUUAUGUUGGACUCAUAAGUUUUUUAACUAAUACAGUGAAACUUCUUUAAAGAUGAAAUAUAUUUCUAAAUGCUUGAGCUUAUUGAUUUGAUUUGAGUACAUUUGAAACGCAAGAACCUGGAAAAUCUGAACUUGAAUGUUUAAAUAUUUGCUUUUACGACAAAAUCACAUUUAUGGGAAAUACAUUUUAAUGAUAAAAAAAACAAAAUGUGACAGAAACUGGAAGGAAAUGUUCCACAGUAUGUAAAAUUUAAACUCUUAGAGCACAACAUUUUCUGAUUAAGUACAAAUAAUUAAUUACAUUUGUGCCUUCGGUGUGGUCACAUCCUUGAUCCGUUAUGUACAGCACAAGUCAGAAGUUUACAUACACUUUGGAUCUGCAUGAAUCUCUUUCAUUCUGAUAUUUAUGAUUUAUUUGAAUCAUGUUUUUCUUGUGGUGGACUUGAUAAUAUAACCACAACUUCAGUGUUUUUUUUUAGAUAUGACUCUUUAUUUAUUGUUAAUUUCUCUUUUAUCCAAACAGAGUCACUAUCAUACAGACUCAAAUAUAUACAUACACCCCAUCCAAUAUUUGGUUAAAUGUCUCUUAGAAAGUUAACCCUAAACCACAGAGUUUUUGUAACCAUCAACAAACUUCUGGCAAAACUCUCUGGAUAUUUGAAUGUUCAUUUUUGCAGAAAUAGUGGAGUUUAAUUUAAACUGGUUGGUUUGUUGGCACAGACCUGGUUAAGUCUAGAAAUCUUUAACAUGGUCGAGGUCAUUGCAGGAGGUUAUUGUUAGCCUGCUUUAUUCACUCCAAACAGGUUUUCAUGUCAUGUUUGUCAAGCCAGGUCCAACCCUCUGACUCAAACUGUUAUUGAGGUGUAUGAAGUAGAUACGCCAUUAUUUACAAAGUAAAUAACGGUGGGUAAAUACCAAAACCUAUGGUAUUUACACACAUUAUUACACAGAUGCUAGUGGUCUGUGUUAAUACAUUUUGUAUUUAAACACACCAAUAAUGAGAAUGAAGGACAAAUUCCAUAUACUUGGACUUGGGGUGCCCAAGUUCAGUCUUCAAGAGCUGCUAUCCUGCAACUUUUAGAUGCAUCCUUUCUCCAACACAGCUGCAUCAAAUGGCUGAAUUCUACAGUGGCUCAAACAUCGAAACGCUGCAAACACAUGAAUGAUGCAAACUCCAAAACAUACAAACACACCAAAAAGAAAUAAAUUCAACAGAAAAAUGCUGCAACCAUAGAAAAUAGAAGCCAAAGAGAAAGUGCCACAAACAGCAAGAACCACAGCAAGUAUAAAACACUUCAAAUUUGCUCCACAAAACGGAAGUGGUCCAGACCACUAGGUGGAAUCUGGAGAAUGUGAUAUUACCUACAUGUAUGCUACUGUUGUAUAAUUUUGAAAAAGACAAAGCAUAAUGAACCUUUUUUUUCUUCUGGACAUAAUGUUAAAUCAUAACAUUCUGUCUUUACUGAGGGUCGAGUCCCAUACGAUUUUGGUGGUCAACUCCCCCUAGUGGUCUGUUUGCAAUAUUUUUAUACUUGCUGCUGUUUUUGCUAUUUGGGACAUUUUUUCUUCAGCUUCUAUAUCUUUUGGUUGCAGCGUUUUGUCUGCUGCUGCAGCAUUUUUCUUUUGUAAAACGUUUCUGUUGCUUUUGGGGUUUUUUUUAUGUUUUGGAGUUUGCACUGUUCAUGCGUUUGCAAUGAGUUUCGCUGCUUGCUACGUCUUUGCACCUGUCAGCCAGGUCAGUGAGCUUUGCGGAGAUCUGGUAACAAGUUAUUCAUUUGAUUCAGGUGUGUAGGAGAAGGGAUACAUCUAAAAGUUUCAGCAUGGUAGCUCUCGAGGACUGGAUUUGGGGACUAUUCUUCUAUAACUUGACUUCAAAUCAACAAGUAGUCAGAACUGGAUGUUCCUGACAAGAAAAACUACCCCAAACAUAAAUGAAAACUGGUUUGGGUAAAGAUAAAAAAGGUCUAUCAUUAACCUUUUGAAAUAGCUUAAUAGCUAUAGAAAAUGAUGACAUUACACGUACAAUCCAGGGCCGUGCCAGUAAACUAACCAGUUUAAAUUAACUCUACCUUUUCUGAUAUAAAAAGAGGUCAAAUAUUCAGAGAUUUAUACCAGAAGCUUAUUGAUGGUUACAAACGCCCGAUGGUUGAGGUGCAACUUUUUUAGGGACAUUUAACCAAGUAUUUGUAAGAGUGUAUGAAUAUAUUUGAGCCUGCAUGUAUGACCUUCUUUGUGUAAGAGGGAACAAUUCAAAAUAAAGUCAAACGUGUUCAGCUAGUUCUCUUUUUAAAAUGCACCAAUAUUGUUUGCCGAUGGUUCUGAUUGUUCUUCUUCCCUUUAUUUUUAUUCUACUUUGUUUUUCAAAUUAUGUUAGAUUUUCAUUUUCAUUGUGGUUUCAGUCUGUUUUCGGGUGAGUUAACUUACAAAACAAAAAGAUUGAACAGUUGGUUAUCAGCCCUGUCUUUAAGAGAAGGAGAUUUUUAAGGUGUUUAAAGCAGGUAUGUAGAGAAAUUUUUUUAAAUUCUGGUUGUAAAGAUGUAACUUGCAUGUGAGGUCAGACUUUUGAAACCCUUCUUGCAAUUAAUGUGAAAGACACCCUCCUGUAUUUAAAGAGGUUUGAGCAGAGCAGAGGGCGAGGAUGCAGGGAGCUAUCUGCCAUUUUUGUAGUUCUCCACUGUGUAAUUGCUGCAAAACAAAAGCAAAAUUUCAGUUUUGUUUAGUUUUAGUUCUGCAGCCUGGGUGUGUUGUGUCCUAAGCUAAAUGAGGCAGCAUGAAUUACUAAUUGUAUAAAUGCUUUGCAAACAAUAGUGAUUUCUGCAGUAAAGCUUCAGUUUUGAGAUUUAGAGGCCACUGGAAAUGAAUAUGAGAUGAACAACAUGGACAUGAACCAGUCUCUGGUUGGCUGGCUGAUAGAUGACCUUCACUGUCUGUUCCCCAUCUCUCUCUGCUUUGCUCAGGCCUCUCCAGAUAUAAAUGAGUUUUUAACACAUUUUUUGCAGGCAAUGUUUCAGAUGAUGCUACCUCUGUAAGCAGUAGCAGGAUUUACUAUUUUCCAUAGCAUCACCAACAGAAAAUGUGAAUACAAAAUUCUAGACACUGGCCCAAGUGUCACAUCAAAUCAGUAAGGUCUUGCAUUUUGAGGGAUAUUUAUAACCGUUAAUAUUGAGUAUGUGUUGUGUGAUGAGGUGUUUUGUGUCUGGCACUUUACUUGAUGGUAUAAAAUAAUGGAUUCAGUUUUAUCAGGAGAGGUUUUUAACAAAAAUGUCAUUGUGAGAAAAUAGUCUUGCUUUGGGUUUUAAAUAUAAGCUUGUUUAAGAUAAUUUUAAUACUAUUUCUGGCAGUUUUUACAAUGUUGCAUCACAACAUUUCAUAUUGUAAUGAAAGACCAAACUGGAAAAUUAAACCAUGUGAAAUUUA